CCUCUUACAGAUUAAUGGUAGUCUACUCUAGUAAUUAUCUGUUAUGGCUUGGGUAUUGUAAUACGCUAUUUUCUUUCCUUGUUCCUGAGGGUUUACGAUAUGCUUUAAAGAGGAUCAGCGCAUUCAGCGCACAUGAUAGGAAUUUUCAUUUAUUAAAGCAGUGGAGCAGUGAACUACGUAAUCAGAGAUGCGGGUCCUGAACGUGGCAGAGAAGAACGACGCUGCUAAGAACAUCGCCAGCAUCCUCUCCAGGGGCGCCAGUAAUCGACGCGAAGGUUUGUCCAAAUUUAACAAGAUCUACGAGUUUCGUUACGAUGCCUUCGGGCAGGCCUGCCAGAUGGUGAUGACGUCGGUGAGCGGGCACCUGUUGAGUCUCGACUUCCCCGCGCCCUACACCAACUGGCAGAAUGUCGACAUCGUCCAGCUGUUCGAUGCGCCCGUUCAGCACAACUGCCCGCAGAACUACAAGAGCAUCCAGCACACCCUGGAGCGCGAAGCUCGCUCCUGCCAGAAGCUCGUCAUCUGGACGGAUUGCGAUCGUGAAGGGGAGAAUAUCGGGUUUGAAAUUAUCGGUGUCUGCCUCCGGGUAAAUCGCCAUUUGGAUGUGUGGCGUGCGCGCUUCUCAGAGAUCACCAGCCACGCCUGCAACCAGGCCAUGCGCAACCUGCAGCGUCCGGACGAGCGCAUCUCACGGGCGGUGGAGUGCCGCAGUGAGCUGGACCUGCGCAUCGGAGCGGCCUUCACGCGCAUCCUGACCAUGCGCUUUCGCGACCGCUUCGGCGCCUUCCUUGGCGAGAAGAAGCUGCUGAGUUACGGCAGUUGCCAGUUCCCCACGCUGGGAUUCGUGGUCGAGCGCUAUAAAGAGAUUCAGCGGUUUAUUCGGGAGGAUUUCUGGCGUAUCCGCGUCCUGCACAACUUCACAAAGCCGGAAAAGAUGAAGGUGGAGUUCAUCUGGCAGCGUGUCCGUUUAUUCGACGAAUUAGCCUGUCAGAUACUGCUGGACGUGUGCCAGGAGUCGCCGCAGGCCACCGUGGUCAGUGUGACACAGAAACCGCGCAAUAAAUGGCGGCCGCUGCCCCUCGACACCGUGCAGCUGGAGAAGCUAGCCUCGCGCAUCCUGAAGAUCAACGCCAAGCAGACGAUGAAGAUCGCGGAGAAGCUGUACAGCCAGGGCUUCAUCAGCUACCCCCGCACCGAGACCAACAUCUUCCCCGCCCACUUCAACCUCCCCGAGCUGCUGCAGGCCCAGACGGGGGAUCAGCGCUGGGGCGCCUUCGCGCAACAGGUCCUCCACAAGGGCCCGAACCCUCGGCGUGGCAGCAAGUCCGACCAGGCGCAUCCGCCCAUCCACCCUAUCAAGCAUGCUACCAACCUCCAAGGUAAUGAGUGGCGUAUCUACGAGCUGAUUACCCGGCAUUUCCUGGCCACGUGCUCGGAAGACGCUAAAGGCCAGGAGACCAGUAUCCACAUCGACAUCGCCGCCGAGCGCUUUCACGCGGAGGGUCUGGUGGUCACGGAUCGCGGGUAUUUGGAGGUGUACCCGUACGACAAAUGGGAGUCCAAGAAGCUGCCGGUACUGCCCGUGGGCCACAAGUUCAUUCCCUCCAAAAUCGAGAUGGUCAGCGGGCAGACAUCGGCGCCGGCGCUGCUGAGCGAGGCGGAUCUCAUUGCGCUGAUGGAGAAGUACGGCAUCGGCACGGACGCCACGCACGCCGAGCACAUCGAGACCAUCCAGGAGCGGCUGUACGCCGGGAUGACGCCCGAGCGCCGCUUCAUGCCGGGCCGUGUCGGAAUGGGAUUGGUGGAGGGCUUCGACGCCAUCAACCACAGCAUGUCCCGGCCGCAUCUGCGCGCACAGUUGGAAGCCUCUCUCAAGGACAUUUGCGAAGGCCGCCGCAGCAAACAGGAGGUGCUCCACGAGCAGAUAGACAAUUACCGUGCCGUCUUCCUGCAGGUGCGCCAUGCCAUCGACACGAUUAGUCAGGCGCUGGGCAGGUGCACGCAGCUGUAGAUGUGUCAUGACGUUCCUCGGACAAGUGUGCCACCUUGGAAACCAGUGGCCAUAUUGCAGUUUCUCCUUUCAUACAGAAUCUACAUUUUUGUUCGUUAAAUUUUUUAUUCGCCGUUAUUAGUUGAACUGGUGCAGUACAUGGAUCGUUUCGCUCGCAGUUGGGAACUUGGUGCAUUUUUUCUGAUUCUCAUGCUCAAUUCAUGUGUAUAAUAAAAUAACUGAAGGAACAUUCUCUGUUUCGAUUGGUUGUCAUAUGUUUUUCGGUUGCUUCGAAUUACAAGCUGUCAUACAUUGACGUUCAUUCAUGUAUUCUAAUUUUCAUUCUAAAUGAAGCUCUAGA